CUUCUUUUUUUUAAAGAUCAACUUCUACCUUCGCUUCCGCCCAGGAGCAACAUAAAUCAAAAACCUUAUAGCAUGACCACAUUGAAGAAUGAUGGCCCCAUUGUUUGGAUAUCGACAUAUCUUUCCUCACAACUUUAGUUUGAGGCAUAGAAGAGCUAGUGGUAAACAACUUGUGCGAAACAAUAUUUCCCUCUCAUGCUCUAGUUGUUUGCAAUGUAACAUACCCGCUUUUUCUUUCUUUCUUUCAUUUCAUUUCAUUUCAAUUAAUUCAUUUCACUUCCUUCUAUAUCUAAGCAUUUAUACCACAUAAAAUGAUUUCCAUGAGUAUAUAUACACUUACUUCCAGCAGAGAGCAACAAUAAAAGGUUCUUUCGGAUUUUUGUAUGCUGAU